UGUGUGCUGUUUCUCUCCUCAGGACCGAUGCAGGAGACUGUCAUUGACUUCUGGAGGAUGGUGUGGCAGGAGAACACGGCAACCAUCGUCAUGGUGACCAACCUGGUGGAGGUCGGCAGGGUGAAAUGCUGCAAGUACUGGCCGGACGACACUGAGAUCUACAGAGACAUCAAGGUGACGCUGAUCGAGACACAGCUUCUGUCUGAAUACGUCAUCAGGACGUUUGCUGUGGAGAAGCGAGGAGCUCAUGAGAUCCGUGAGAUCAGUCAGUUCCACUUCACGGGCUGGCCGGAUCACGGUGUGCCGUAUCACGCCACGGGUCUGCUGGGCUUUGUGCGACGCGUCAAAGCCAAAACACACACCAACGCCGGACCCAUCGCCGUCCACUGCAGUGCGGGGGCGGGGCGAACAGGCUGCUUUAUCGUGAUUGACAUCAUGUUGGACAUGGCGGAGCGGGAGGGUGUGGUCGACAUCUACAACUGUGUGCGGGAGCUGCGGUCGCGCCGCGUCAACAUGGUCCAGACCGAGGUACUGCACACCACAACAGCUUACAUCACAAAUUGUCUAUCAAACUAACUUAAAGUCCCAAUGAACU